ACAUGAAUCAACGUACUAUUCAUUACCCCCCUAAGGUUGAAUCGCGACACAACGCCUAGGCACAAUCGUGGCUAGAGCGCCACGAACAUCCAGAUUCGUCCAAAAAAAAUCAAAGACUUUUUCUUUCCAACCACCUCCAGUCCCUCGGCAGAUCUGCGCAGUGCUGCACGGCUCUGCACAGCUUCGCGGCCACAAGCAACGAGACCCUACUAGCAGCAUUGUUUGCUAUGUCUAUGACAACGCAGGCCAACUGGCUUGUGUUUGCCGCGGGCGCGGCGGCAUGCUAGCCGACGGCGACAAGACUUCUAACGGUGAUGGCCCGGCAGUCUUUAUAUAAUCUCGACUUGGGGGCCUAGGCCCGAGCCCAGACGCAUGGUGAUUGGCUUUGCUGGCUGCCUACGGGUGGAGAAGAGAGCUCUUCUCGCGAGAGUGCAGCGUAAUCGCCGAAGAGAUCGACAACGGCCGAAAGAGGAUCAAGAUGUACACGAGACGGCCAUCGACCAACUGCAGGGUUACCGUGCCCGUCUUGUCUUGGGGCCGUUCCCAGAAGCGCCGUCCCUUUUCGGGGCCAGCAGCAAGUCAGCAGCAACUCAGCAACAAUCGUCUUGGGCUCGUUCUCGCCCCAGACGUGGGAUAAGACGGCGUAAUAGUGGAGGGAUAUUGCUAAUAAGCCGGGCUUGUUUGGGUGCCACAGCCCAAACAGGCUCGGCUUCAACAACAGCAAUUCAAGAUCCUGCCGCCCUGUCGCCGACAUGUGGUGGGGGCUCCGGCCCACCAGAUUUCGCGACUGAUUGGCUGGGCUUGUUUGGGUGCUACAACCCAAACAGGCUCGGCUUCAACAGCGGCCAAGCAGACUCAGCUUCAACAACGGCAGUUGGUUCACGAGUCCUUCGCCUUCUGUAUCUUGGCAGAGUCGCCACCUGGAGGGGCAUGAAGGGGUUCUUGGCGAGGUGGCGUUUGGUAGCCCUGACGAGUAAAUAUAUCACUCAGUUCGUUGAAUGAAAUUGUCUCAUUAUGAA